AUGAUUCUCAGUCGCCCGGAUGGUCAACCCUUGGAACAGGUUGAAAUGAAGCUCAUCAACUACGAGACGAACGAUUUUCUAGGUAUAAACGCGACCUAUGAGAUCAUGAUCAGUCCGGGUUCGGGCAAUAGCACCGUGGUGCGAUGUGAAUAUCAAGGGAGAGAUUCGCGGUUGGUCUAUCAAGAGAAGACAAUCUUUGAGGCAACUCAGCCGACCAAGCCAAAUACAUUCCAGAACUCGGCCAAUCUAGGCAGUAUGAUUGUCUAUCUAGAUUCGAAUGGUCAACCUUCAGCGACACCAACCAAUCAGUCCAGUCGGCAAACCACCCCAACUGCUUCCUCGUGGUACAGUUGGACCCCGGCUCCGCGGCCUGUGACCAUUCCCGUGCACGGAUUGAUGGCCGAUACGAAAUACGUGUUCGAAUGGUCCUCAGGGAACGAGUUUGGUCUGAGCGCUAUGGAACAGUUCACAUUGUGGACAAAGAAACUGGAGAUGUUGCCGGCAAUUUACAAAGUAACGUUUCUUAAACCAACCGUUGGCUUCCUGCGAUUGUCUCUGUUGCUGGAUGAUCCGUGUCCGUACGGGGCCGGUGCACGGGCUGAGCUGUCUGAUUUGGUGAUUCGCUAUCGGUCGGCCAAAGAGGACCAGUUUACCGGUAGUCAGAUUGGCGUGGGAGAGUGGUCGGAAGCAGAGGUUUGCCAAUUGGUCAAUCCAAUGGGAAAUUCCCCGGGCACACCGAAUAGCACAGAAUCACCGCGAUCCGAUCAUUUUACAACGGCAAGUCAGAGCAGGUUGAAAGGUGAACAAACGCACACGUCGGAGGAGGAAGAACAAUCGGGGAUCUCAUGGAGCGGUAACCGACCGAUAACUUGUGAAUUUCCAGUGCCCGAUACGCAAGCAAAUUACGAGGUUCAAGUUGCCACAAGAAACCGUUUUGAUCGUUCCGAAUGGUUUACUGCUAUCUAUCAACCGGCGCUGGCUGUUCAUGCAGCCGCAAUUUGCUUCCCCACUUGUGGUCUGGUCGGUCUGUCUCCUGCUGUUCACCUGAUCCUGUUCAUGCUUCUCUACAGUAUUCAUUCAGUCUUACUAAAACGUAUGCUUUCAUCUGCCAGCAGCCGUGUCCCACAGAUCAUGGGUGGUGAUCGGAAAUGUUGUCUGUUCGUUGUUGUCGAUGGUGGUGGUGGCGGUGUUUUCGUGGAACAGCGCCCGUCAGUGUCCGCAUUAAUCAGUGUAACCAAUCAAAGCUGA